UCAAUACUCAUUAGUCAUUUUGCGUGAUACGUAUUGCGUGUCGAAUUGAAGAUUUGUCUAUCUCUAAAUGUAAAUUAUUGUUUUGGUUCGGUACCUACUACCUACAUACAGAAUCAGUAUUAGUUGGUAAAUAGGGUUUGAAUCAAUUAGGUUCAUUUUUAUUGAGGUUAUUUGAUUUUAUUGAAGUUUGCAUAUAAAUUAUAAAUAAAAUGUUCCAUUAAAGUAUAAGUAAAAUAUUAAAUAUGGAUGAGUUAUACUUUGCUGUAACAUGUUCAUCAAAUAUGAACAGAAGCAUGGAAGCACAUGCAUUUCUUGCUAAAAAGGGAUUUAAAGUUAAAUCUUUCGGGACUGGUGAGAAAGUGAAGUUACCUGGUACCUCAGCAGAUAAACCAAAUGUUUAUGAAUUUGGAGUACCUUAUGAUGAUAUUUACAAGGAUCUAUAUAAAAAAGAUAAACCAUAUUAUACACAAAAUGGUCUGUUGCAUAUGCUUGACAGAAAUCGAAGAAUAAAACGAUGCCCUGAACGAUUGCAAGACUCACCAGAAAAAUUUGAUGUUAUAAUAACUUGUGAGGAGAGAGUUUAUGACCAAGUUGUUGAAUAUUUUGUAUCUAGAAGAUCCACUUGCAAUCAACCAGUACACAUUGUGAAUAUAGAUAUUCAGGAUAAUCAUGAAGAAGCCACAAUAGGAGCUUUUCUUAUUACUGAUUUGGUCACAAAAAUGACACAGAGUGAAGAUUUGGACAAUGAUAUUGAUGAACUUCUGCAUAAUUUUGAAGCCAAAUGUCACAGGCCUAUUUUAAAUAGUAUCAUGUUUUAUUGACUGCUAUAUUACAAAAACACUAUCUUUUAUCUUUAUCUAAGAUUAUUAAUACUUUAUAAAAAUUGGGAUUCACAUCAAAUACCUGCAAUGAGAACCAGAAACCACAGAAUGCCAGCAGCAAGAUGGACAGCUACCCUGUGUAUGUUGGAUGUAUUAUAUCUCUUAUAUAGAUAAAAAAAACUCAUAUGAUAUUGCCAAGAUGGUUGGAAUAAAUGGAUAAGAAACUGCAGCGCAGGAUCAUCAUUGAGAUAUUUCGCCAGCAUUGGAGAUACAAACACGACUACCAUGUGUAUAUAUUGUUUGAAACACCCAAUUUUAGGCUAGGUAUUGCUUACCACUGUAUAUUGAUGGAAAAUAAAUAAAUUAUUAUAAUCAAAA